UGGGAAAUAAGAAAACCUGUCCCCUUCCUUUUUUAAUUUUUCUUACGUAAUACAUUUUAUGUCGAUGCGGGCGCUGUAAAAUCACUUUGUGUAAAGGCCUUUAGGUCAAUUAAGACGUUUGGCAUCAUCACCCUGGUGAAAGGUCUGGAGAGCAAGUCUUAUGAGUAGCGGCUGAGGAACCCGGGGUGGUUUAGUCUGGAGGAGGCUGAGGGGAGAUCUUAUCGCUCUCUACAACUGCCUGAAAGCCGGUUGUAGUGAGGUGGGUGUUGGUCUCUUCUCCCAAAUAAGAAGCAACAGAACGAGAGCAAACGGCCUCAAGCUGCACCAGGGGAGGUUUAGAUCGGAUAGUAGGAAAAAUUUCUUCCCUGAAAGAGUGGUCAGGCACUGGAACGGGCUGCCCAGAGAGGUGGUGGAGUCCCCAUCCCUGGAGGUGUUCAAAAAACGUGUAGACGUGGCACCUGGGAACAUGGUUCAGGAGGUGUGGGGGUGUUGCGGUGGCAGUUGGACUUGGUGAUCCUAGAGGUCUUUUCCAACUUUAAUGAUUCUAUGAUCGCGUCACUCCUAGGCAUAGCAACGCGCACCCAACACAUGGCUGUAUAUUACGUCCGCGAUUGCUAGCCUGUUCAAAGCAAAACUCCCCAACGUAAGCAAUUCGGCGACCUUUAUCUGUUACAAGCCGGGAGAUGGGCACCUCGUUCACCAGGCGCCGGUGGGACGUCUGCGCCUGCGCCCUGCCCCGUUCCCCAGUGGCGGGGAGGGAGUGACGGCAGCGCGUGACGCAAGAGCCGGCGGGACACGCCCUUGUGCCGUCAGGCGGAGCUCCGCCUCCCUCCCACUGCCAGCGGCUGCUGGCGUCUGCCGGCCGGCCGGCACAGGACUGUCAGUCGCCGCCCGCCUCACCCCGCCGGCACCGAGGAGAGACCGAGUCGGGCGGCCAUGAAGAUCUGGAGCUCGGAGCACGUGUUCGGGCACCCCUGGGAUACAGUGAUCAAAGCUGCUAUGAGAAAGUACCCUAACCCAAUGAAUCCAUGUGUGGUAGGAGUAGAUGUCCUCGACAGAAGCCUGGAUAAUCAGGGGAGGCUGCAUAGUCACCGUCUUCUCAGCACAGAGUGGGGAUUGCCAAAUAUUGUAAAAGCGAUUUUAGGAACAAGUAGAACUCUGACUUACAUUGAGGAACAUUCUGUGGUAGAUCCAGUGGAAAAAAAGAUGGAGCUUUGCUCAACUAAUAUUACUCUCACAAACUUGGUGUCUGUUGAUGAGAGACUGGUUUACACACCUCAUCCUGAAAACCCUGAAAAAACUGUGCUAACUCAAGAAGCAAUUAUUACUGUUAAAGGCAUUAGCUUGAGCAGUUAUCUGGAAAGCUUAAUGGCAAACACAAUAUCUUCUAAUGCCAGAAAGUUGUUCCAGUUCCUGUCCAUUAUUGAGCUGUCUCCUUGCCUUUGGUCGACAGUAAGGCAGUGUAAGCAGAGGCAUAUUCUUUGAAGAGAUGAAACUAUGUUGGCUUUUGGUCGGGAUGCCCUGGAGUGGGUGAUCAGCAAACUAAACACAGAACUGGAGGAGCUGAAGUCAACACGCGAGGGCAUGAAACCAGCCAUGGCAGCAGCGUCAACAGAAAACUAACACCAAAAAUACCAAGUAACUGACGGAAAAGUUUUAUUCUGCAGACUGCUUUGUACAUCUCCCUUCCAAGGCUGAUCUGCAGAGGUUUUAUAUAUUUAUGAGAAUAUUGGAUCAGCAGAAAAGUAACCUCAUCUGUCAUCUCCACAGCAGCUCCCGUUGCCUAGUGAAGAUUAAAUUGACCUCCUGCAGAUGCUCUUUUCAUUUAAACACUUUAUUUUUAACACUGGAAACAAAACAUUUAGCACAUUUAAAACUGCCUAAAUGUGCCUUUUAUAACAAAGGUAGAGAGUAUGUUACAUUUACUCCUCGGUUUUUCGUACUCAAACUUGAGAAGAACGCAUGUGUGGCAUUAAGGGUUUACCAUGCGAACAUUUGUUCUGUAAAGGGCCGAUGGGUACAAGAGCACUGAAUCUCCUGGUUUAUAAUCUGAUAGUGUCUUAUGACCAUUUAAAGGGAAUGACAUGAGUCAGAACGUGAUACUGUAGAAUCAGAUACCUAUCUAGAGGAUCAUCCCAAAAAGCUAAAACUUGAGUGGUAGGAGCUUCUUUUAUGUUGUUUAAAUGUGCUGCCUGAACAUGACACACAGACACUUUACUUCUUAGAUGUUUGUAUCCAAGCAAAGAUAACGUUUCUAUUGAUGUUAAUAGCCUAAACCAGUUUUUUGGUGGGGAGAAGGGUAUAAUUUAUUUUCAUAUUUAUUAACUUGCCCUAGUUCCUCCCCUCCCUGUGAGGAGAGGAGUAGUAAUUCCUGGAAGGUGCUGGAAAAUACUUCUCUUACUUAUCUCUAAGAAGGGUACUUGUAGGCCACUUGAAUGAAGAGGCUUUGCUCGUCCACUGGUCCUUGUUCUUCACAUCAUGUCUUAACUGAGGGAGAGACCGACGCAAUAACCAGAAGAGUUGAAAUGAGAAAUAAGCGGGAAAUUUGAAAUCCAAAUGGUAAGGUUUCAUGAACGCGGACUUUUUGUGCUCUGAAUGGAGAAAACGAGUACAAGAGAAGCAAAUGGACUCUCCUUUUUGAGUGCUUUCUACUAACUACUGCCUACCAGUGUAACUCAGUUUUUUUAACACUUUUCCAUAUUGGUACAAAAUGGUUGUAGGAUCAUUUUAAAUGCUUCUCAUUAUCUGGAAGAAUACUCCAGUAACUGUAGAAAGUGCUUCCUCUGAAAUGUGCAUAAAUAUGUAUUGGUAACGGUCCUAGCCUUGUCUGGUGAUGUUCACAAAAUUUUCAUAUUUGGUCCAGGUAUGGUAUCCGUUUCUUAGACAGCCCUCUGUUAGGGCAUUUUAACUUAUUUUUUUGGUGUCCACACAAAGUGAAAUACUCGUUCAAGCGGUGAGCAUGUGUUUAGGAAGCUGUUAAAAAGAGCAUGAGUUACUUGUAAAAAAGUAGAAGAGUAAAAUGUUGGUCACUGUUUUGAUCUGGUAAUUUUUAAAAUGUCUGUUGCUUAAGGGAAAAGUCAGCGUUUGUGUUCUGGUUAGCUUGAAAGCGAACAUUAAUUUGGGUGUAACUGUAGUCUCCCUAAAUUACAUGAUCCUGAUAAAUAAAUGUAAUUAAAAAAAUACAUAUAGUUGACAGCAAUUAAAUAUGUACCUAAUAUUUACAUUGCUCUUUUUAUAUGGACCUAAAGCCUUUCUUAUUUUGGAACACAAACUUAGAGCUUAAAGGCUGAUAGCAGCUCCUUUGCAGACAACAGGCUGGCUAGCUUUGGUGCCGGCCAGCUGGUGUGCUUCUCAGGGGCGUGAUACCACUUUUCCUGGGUACGGAGUGCAGAAGAUGUUCUAGCUCCUGGUGGUGUUCUGCUAGGAAGGGGGGUACAGCUGUGGCAGAGCUCUGCAUACAAAAGGAAAAGACUAGUAAACGUGUGUGUGUGUGUGUGUGUGUGUGAGAUGGGAAUUGUCACAGGGCAGGUAGAAAAGUCUUUGGAGAGAUUCAAGUACUGCUUCUGUUUGGAAGAAUUGUCUAAAGCUGCUUCUUGCAUCAAAUUUGAAAUAAUUGCUUAGUGUUGCCUUACAGCUGACUGACUUCUGUACAGCACCUCCCAGCACUAGCUGGUGUCCCAGAAAGGUCACCACAGGCUCCUAUGUUCUGCCUACGGCCAAACUCGCAGGGUCAGUGCCAGUUAUGCAUCAGUUCUCUGGAUUACGUUCUUUGCCCUUCAUUCCCUUCUUCCAGAAACAAAUCCUCAUCUGCUUCUGUUGCAGCAUCUCCAUUGCUUCAUUCCCCACUGGUUUUGGGCUGGUUCCUCUCCACAUUUGAUGCUACUUGGGCACUCUACAGCUGGAUGCUUCGCUUUCCCACCUGUCUGCUGCCCCACUUGCUACGGAUCAGCACCCUGCCUGCUUGUGCUUAGUCCUCUCCUGCUUUUCUCUGGGCUAAAUUGGAGCAAGGAAGCUUUGGGUAGUAGAAAAAGGCUAAUUUCUUCCAGAGGCCAGUUCUGGCACCCAGCUGCCUCUCUCUGCUGCCAGACAGUGCUGCUGCUUCUCACUCUUUUCGGUGUUGGUGACACUCCUGCACCUCUGGCCUUACUGCUCUUCCUGCGGUUGCUCAUUUUGCCAGUGUGUACAAAAGACCUUACAGGCAGUGGUUGCGCUGGGACCAAGUAGGCUCCAGUGUUUUGCAGCUGAAGCAGUUCUUAAUUUCCCAGAAGCUUUCCUGGACACUUUGACUCUUCUGCUUUCUGCCCAUCUUGUUUGCACAUGGGGCUCCCACCCUUCUCCUUUGGCCAUGUGCCUCCUCACCACGGGAUCCGAUGGGAACUCUAGCUGUAUGUUCAGCCACUGCUUUUGAAGCACACUGUUCCCCACUCCUCUUCUGCCGCUGUUAUGGGCUGAGUUGACCCUUGGGGCAAAAAACACCUUCCUUUGGAAUUGCUUAUCUUGGUCCUUCCCUGGGGAAACUCCCCCAUCUUUAUUUACUGGAAAUGGCCAAAAAUAUUUUUUAAAGUCGGUUUUAUGUAAUGUGCAUUGACUGAGGUGUCUGUCAGAGACAGAAAGCUGCGCAUAAGGGAGAGUGCCAGGCUGCUUGUGGGAGCGGGGUAGGGUGUAGCUUUUUGGAUUGGUGCAGAAACAGCCAGCUUUGUAGGAGGAAAAAAAUUUAUAAAGCAGAAAUGGCAUUAAGUCAAUGCUCAUUAACUUGGGAGGAUCUUGAGGCACUGGGGACCAAACAGAAGAAAGCUCAGCACAUGCUGAUUAAUGGGUAGCAAGUGCCAUUUUGAAUAAGAACUCUGCACUUUGAGAGUUGAAAAUAGAACUAAGAGAGUUUUGUGUGUUGGGGGAGGGGGGUUGUUUACUGCUGCUGUUCGAGCCACAGAGGCUUGUGGUGCGGUGUGUCUGGGCCUUAGGCUGCAAGUCAAGGGAAAGGGUGUGGGGGAGUGUGUGGCUGUAGGGAGGUGGUUUGGUUUUAAGAUGGUAGUGCCAGUGUAGCGGGUCUCCAGGCUGGUCAGGAGUGUGGCUGCCCAGUAACCACAGCAGCAUUGCACGCGCCUGCUGUGGAAGGCUGGAGCUGGGGAGGGCUGGUGUCGCGGGAGGAGCCGCGAGGGAAGAGGUCAGCAGGUGCAAUGGCAGGAAGGGUCAUGUUUGUUGGGAAGCUGGGCAAGCCUGGUGCAAGUUACAGCAUUCCUGCAAGACUUGCUUAACACAAGCAAAGGCGCUGACCUGCAGCACGUGGCACGUGUCGGGAAUUGAUGUAUAGCACUUAUCUGGCCCUGGUGCAUGUGAUGCUGUAAUGCUGCGUAAGAUGACGUGACAUUCCUUGAUGUGACGCUUUUCAUUUAACUCUUCAGGUGGAGCAGUGGGCAACACCUUCCUGUUCUUGUAUCUUCCUAGACUGUAAGCUGUGACGGGCAGGACUCUGUGAAGUGUCUGUGUACACUGAGGUGCUAUCUUAAAUAAAUGACACCCUCAGUUUAAAAAAAAACAACAAACAACAAACCAAACCACUUCUGGGUGUAACUGCUGUAAUAUCAACUGGGCUGUUGGUUUUCAGAGAAAAACUGCAGAAAAGCCACAGAAAAACUAUUUGCCUUAGCCUGUGCUGGGUAAGCAGCAGGGCCCGGUACCGGCCUCCCUGGAGCUCGCUGGAAGUUGCCCACCUACUGGGCAGAAGCUCUGCAGGUGACCUUGGUGCCUGCACUGGUAACACCAUGUGGGUCUGGCAGCUGCUUCGCUCUGCAGUAAAGCAGGAGUCAUCUCAAACAAUCAGCCUUGAUUUGUAAAUAAAACCUCAUUUACAAGUCAA